AAUUUCGUAGUGGGAGACUGCAUGGGACGUUCACCUUCCCCAUGCACAACUACAUGUCAUCUCUACGUCAAUACCAUCACAUCUACAUUUUCACGUCGAGGAAGCAAUGCUGACAGAUUCAUGGCUGCCUGCGUGCUGUGUCACUUGAGACCGAGGCUACGCUCCCUUUCGGGUUUGAAAAAGGGUUUUGCUCACCGCGUUAUUAGCAAACUUGACAUUGAGUCGGAUGAGCAAGACAAAAGAACAUCUGCGUUCCAACUCAUGGAUGCCCUUCCGCUUGAUGACUACAGGGUCCAUUAUAGCCCAUCUUCAUAUCACCACCCUGUAGGAACUAAAUCUGCCCUCUCCAACAGUCAAGGUGAUAUUGAUGAUGAAGAACCAUGUCUCCCCACUCUGGCUCCUUCCUUCUGGCAGCAGAGCAAUUGCUACAGCAUAAACUCCUCGCGACAUCUUUCCAGCUCCAAAAACACUUUGCUCGACUUAGCCUUCAACAGAAGUUCCGAAUCCAAAAUAUCAGUGCAGCACCAUCAAAGAAUAUCCACGUCGCCUGAUGUUCACGUUGACGCUCGUGCCUUUCUCAAGUGCCGGCCUGAUUAUUCAUCCAGAACCCUUGAUCUUACCCAAAGACCUCCUCCUAUUGAAUGGGAACAGGUGGUGCAAGUACUCCGAAAAGUGUCUGUCCUUAAAGGCAGCAUGAAACCGUCCGACAUUUGUCGUUUCUUUGAGGAGCUCAGCCACACCGACGCUGACAAGGUGUCACUGGUGAAGACCGACCAACGCUUCAUCAUACUUCUUCGCUACUCAGUGGAGAACCUUCGCCUCUUUUCUCUACUUGAGCUGCUGAACAUACUGAGCUCAUUAGUGUGGCUGGAAAUGCCUCAUAGUCACACGGUACUCGGGCUGUACGAAGCCGAGCUGAGACGCCGUGCCGACCAGAUGACUUUGGACCAGUUGCUCUUUGCAGCCGACUUGUGGCGCUGCCUUGGCAGGAAGGUACCUCAAUUCCUCAAGCAACUUUAUGGCUUAGUCCAUUUGUAUCUGGGACAAGUCAGGCUCCCAGAGCUGGUCCAACUUUUGUACAUCAUGGGAGAAGGGAGGCAGUGCCCCAAAGUCCUGAUUGAGCCCAUCGAGCAGUUAGUCAUGCGACACGUCCAGCAGCUCCAGCCGGAGGAGGUUGGCGCAGUCUGCUUGGGCCUCUUCAAAUCCCAAACAGCCCUUUCAGAGGGAGCGGUGAAUCGCCUCAUCAAUAAGGCGCACUCCCUCGUUGGGGAUAUGAGUGACUUUGCCAUGGUCAAUGUGUUCAAAUACCUGCGUUUUAGCUACUUGUUUCACAGUGCCUGGAUGGAGGCCAUGACGCACGAGGUACCACGGCGAUCUCACGGGAUGGGUGUUCAGGGGCUCAUGCACGUGGCGCUGGCUUGCUCGGCUUUACAUUACCGCAACGACGGCAUCCUCGUCGCCAUCGGCGAGAGAAUUCCGGCGCUGGUGCCACACUGCCGGAGUAAAGACUCAUGCAAGCUGUUGUGGGCUUUAGGCAAUUUAGGCUUCCUCCCUGCUCAAAGCCCGGAUUUUUACCAAAGUCUUACCGAGGCGCUUAGAUUGAAGAAGGCUGAAUUUCUACGCCACCCAGAACAUCUGCUCACCGGUCUUCUCGGCCUAGCCUUCGUCUCGCGGUUCCCCGAGGACCUGAUCGAGUUAGCCUUGAGCCCGGAUUUUGUCAGUUUAGCGCUGAAGUCACCGCAGCUGGAUCUGAAGAAAGACUUGUUCACCUUGGACGGAGCCGUGGCUCUGGAGUUGCCUCACUGGACCGGUCCUCGGUUGAGCCUCCAACUGAGAGAAGAGGUGAAAGAAAUGUUGUGGAAGUUUGUCCAAUCGGACGUGUGCCAGAGAUUUGAGGUGAAGGAGGCAGAGGCUGCACUGCAAGAAUUGCUGGGAGGAGACAAGUUUGUGUGGAAAAGAAUGAUCCUGCCCCACAUGCGAUCCAUCGACCUUGAAGUGCACCUUGACUCUUCCGGUCAGCCCGUUCCCGUUAAUCCGGAAUCUCAAACAGUCAUCCAGAACAGUUCUUCCAGAUGUCCUCCAAAGCAGGGUUUUGAGAGAAUGAAUCUAGGCGUGAGCGUGACUGACAAUCUCAUAGCACAACUUACAAAUGCCAAGAACCUCCCAGGUCCACCAAUCGCCCCUCCCAAAGUUCAAACUCUUUCUGCUGUGCAGCCCGAUGAAAGAGAAACUUUGUUUGACACCGGGCUAAACUUGACGGGCGCCAUCACAGAAAUGAUCACCGCUCCCAGCAGCCGAAGAUCAGCCCCCGCAGACCCCGGCGCCGUCGUGAAACUCGCCAUCCAGGUUUCCAGCCGGAACCACUACUGCAUACAGUCACAGCAGCUAUUGGGACUUUACGCCAUGAAGAGAAGGCAACUGGAGUUGGCGGGUUACAAGGUUGUAGAGCUUUGCUAUAACGAAUGGAUUUCCAUGUUGAGAAAAAGCAGAACUGAGAAGAUGGCCUACCUUCACUGCAAGCUCUACAACAGCCUGGAAACUUGACCUCACUUGAAUUAAUUAGGAUGCUUUACAAAUUUGCCAUGAGAAUGUGCUAAGCACAGAAAAUGUCCUAAUAGACUUUUGUGUACGCCAUCCAUAUACUGUAUGAUAAAAUAAAAUCUCAAAAUUUGUUUAAAAAAACAACAACA